AAGAUUCUUCCACUGAGAUUUCUUCUCUCCCACGAUUUGUUCGGUACGCUUCCCUGCUUCGCCCUGCCAAAUUCAAAAACCUUUUUUAAUUGUGCUUUUUUUUUCCGGGAGCAAAUCGAGUGAAAGAAGGCUGAGGAACAGAUCUCGUUUCCGUCAAUUCAUGUUUGCCGCCGGGCGGUCACUGUUGGGAUUGUAGCAGUCGGGAAGCAUAAAAGGAGCUAACCCAUGGAAAGAAAUCUGUCUUCUCUGUUCAACGCGAAGAUUGUGGAUCAUGAGAAUGGUGUUCGCGUCUACGAACCAUCAGGCAGUGCCAGUGUUACUCCCAUGUCUCAGGGAGUGACUGGUUGGAGUUCCAGUGUCACUCAUCAAUUCCAUGCAGUGGCAGGCAGCGGCGGCGGCGGCGUUUAUCCCGGCAAUAGCUCCGGGGAGUCCUUCAAGAGAAAGCGUGGCCGUCCAAGGAAGUAUGGUACCGAUGGCACGCCAGUACUCGGCGUGUCACCGCUAUCAACAAGUCCGGCGGCUCCUCCUCCGAGCACCGGAAUAUUCUCUCCGGCUACUCAUGUUGCUGCAACAGUUGCUGCAGAGGGUGCCAAAAGGGCUAGAGGUCGUCCACGAGGUUCAACCAACAAGCGACCCAUAAAAGCUCUUGGUUCAACUGGAACUGGAUUUAUGCCUCAUGUUAUUGCUGUUGAAACUGGAGAGGUAAGUCCUGUUUGUUUUGUUGAACUAGAACUGGUUUUAACAGCAAUCGAGUCUACCGAGUCCAACUAUUGA